ACUUUAUUGGGUGAUGACCAGUCGGUGAGUGCACAUGCUGAGGAGCCCCGGACGAGGAAUUGAGGUGGAUGCUGAAGUGGAUGACUGUUUUGUGAGAAGGCAAGGAAGCGUUGAAUCAAAAAAGCCUGUGCUGCCUCCCUUCCUUGUUUGUUGAGUUUGUUUAAAAGUCCCCAAUUGAAGACGUAGCGUGGGCCACCAUAUCCUUCACUUGUGAGGGCCAGCGCAGGUAUGUGGCCUCAGCAGGGGCCGCAAUGCUUUAUUAGCCCAAGGACUGUGGUGCUCCUUGGGCUUCUGACUGUCUGCAUAUCCCCUCACCUUUCUGAAGGAUCCCCAGAGCCAUUUAGGUCCUUCUUGCCUUCUGACUGGGGUCUAACGCAUUUAGCCAUCCAUAACAAGACGGGGGAUGUGUAUGUUGGGGCGGUAAACUGGAUCUACAAGCUUUCUAGCAACUUGACCAAGUUGAGGAGUCAUAUGACGGGUCCUGUAGUGGACAACGAGAAAUGCUAUCCACCUCCAGGUGUACAGUUAUGCCCCCAUGACCUUGCCCCAAAUAGUAAUGUGAACAAGCUGCUGCUAAUAGACUAUGCUCAAAACCGACUCAUUGCUUGUGGAAGCACCUCGCAAGGCAUCUGUCAGUUUCUGCGCCUGGAUGACCUUUUCAAGCUUGGCGAGCCACACCACCGUAAGGAACACUACCUCUCCAGCGUCGGCGAGUCGGGAACCAUGUCUGGGGUCAUCAUCUCUGAGGGUCAUAUCAGCAAGCUUUUCAUUGGAACUCCCAUUGAUGGAAAAUCAGAGUACUUCCCAACUCUUUCGAGCCGUAAGUUGAUGGCCAAUGAGGAGGAUGCUGACAUGUUCAGCUUUGUCCACCAGGAUGAGUUUGUCUCCUCCCAGCUGAAGAUCCCCUCGGAUACACUGUCCAAAUUCCCGACGUUCGACAUCUACUACAUAUACAGCUUUAGCAGUGAACAGUUUGUCUACUACUUGACCUUGCAACUGGAUACCCAACUUACUUCUCCUGAUGCCAGUGGGGAACAGUUUUUCACCUCGAAGAUCGUCCGACUUUGUAUCGAUGAUCCCAGGUUCUACUCCUACGUAGAGUUCCCAAUCGGAUGCACCAAAGACGGCGUAGAGUAUCGACUGAUCCAGGAUGCCUACUUGGCCAAACCCGGAAGGCAUCUUGCAAACUCCUUGGGAGUGUCCGAGCAAGAGGACAUAUUGUUUACAGUCUUCUCCCAAGGUCAGAAGAACCGGGCCAAACCCCCAAAAGAGUCGGCGCUCUGUCUGUUCACGCUGACGAGAAUAAAGGAGAAGAUCAAGGAAAGGAUUCAGUCGUGCUAUAGAGGAGAGGGCAGGCUGUCUUUGCCCUGGCUGCUCAACAAGGAGCUACCGUGCAUCAACUCGCCUCUCCAGAUCGACGAUAACUUCUGCGGGCAGGAUUUUAACCAACCUCUAGGGGGCACCAGCACUAUCGAGGGCAUUCCGCUCUUCAUAGACAAAGAUGACGGAAUGACUUCGGUAGCUGCUUACGAUUACCGCGGAAACACGGUGGUUUUCGCAGGAACACGCAACGGCCGAAUGAAGAAGCCUCUCCAGAUCGACGAUAACUUCUGCGGGCAGGAUUUUAACCAACCUCUAGGGGGCACCAGCACUAUCGAGGGCAUUCCGCUCUUCAUAGACAAAGAUGACGGAAUGACUUCGGUAGCUGCUUACGAUUACCGCGGAAACACGGUGGUUUUCGCAGGAACACGCAACGGCCGAAUGAAGAAGAUUCUGGUUAAUUCGGUGAGUCCGUCCCGGCCGGCGCUGCUGUACGAGAGCGUCCCGGUGAGCGAGGGCAGUCCGGUGCUGCGGGACACACUGUUCAGCCCAGACCUGCAGUUCAUCUACACACUCACCGACAGACAGGCUGCAGUUUAACACACUGAAUAUCAGAUGAACGGCGCUGGCGGCUGCUCACGAGCGUGUGUGUGUUACAUGAUGGGUUUCAACGUGUAUUAAAAUGACAAAUUAAUAUUGAACUUGCAUCAAGAGGUGUUGGCAUUUAUUGCAUGUUCAUUUUCUUUGUUCUUUUACGCUGUAUAUUUUCACACACACUGACAGGCUGCAUAUGGUCAACUUGUUUCACAGAGCAGCUCCUGUGCCCUAAACACACACACACACACACACCUGACCCCGUCAUCCUCACCAUCUGUUCUUCCUCUCUGCUCGUCUUCAUCCCUCCAUCACUGUUCCUCACUCUGUAA